UCUGUUUCAACACAGACGCGAUAUAAGUGUCAACAAAAUAAGCGUGAUAGAAAAACUCAAACAAGACAAGACAGGAGAUUAAUUCAUAUCCGGAAGACGAACCGUUCACGUGGUGUGAUAAUUCAUUAUGGUGGACAGUAUUUAUCGUACACGCUCUCUUGGUGUAGGUGUAGUUGGUCUUCCUGAUCAGUAUGCCGACGGUAAAGCAGCGAAAGUGUGGCAGCUGUACAUCGGAGACACUCAAAGCAGGACAGAGGAGUACAAGUGCUGGUUGCUGUCCCUGCUCAGAAAACAUGGGGUACAUAAGGUGUUGGAUGUGGCCUGCGGCACAGGGGUCGAUUCCAUCAUGUUGGUAGAAGAGGGAUUUAAGGUGGUUAGUGUGGAUGCCAGUGACAAAAUGCUUAAAUAUGCUCUUAAAGAGAGAUGGGAGAGGAGAAAAGAGCCUGCCUUUGAUAACUGGGUAAUUGAGGAGGCCAACUGGCUAACGUUACCAGAAGAUGUUAAAAAACCUGGAGAUGGGUUUGAUGCAGUAAUCUGUCUAGGCAAUUCAUUUGCUCAUUUACCAGACUUCAAAGGGGACCAGAGUGAUCAGAAGCUUGCCUUACAAAACAUAGCCAGCAUGGUGAAACCUGGAGGGAUCCUAAUCAUUGACCACCGUAACUAUGAUUACAUCCUUGAGACUGGCCAAGCACCCCAAGGAAAGAAUAUUUACUAUAAGAGUGACCUAAAACAGGACAUCUCCACCUCAGUGCUGUGGGUCAAUAGCAAGCCUCACAUGAUCACACUGGACUACACUCUAGAACUGCCUCAACCAGUGGAUGUUCAGACUCCACCUGAUUCAAGUAAAUUCCGCCUGUCAUACUACCCCCAUCGUUUGGAGAGUUUUAAGGAGAUUUUAAGAUCAUCAUUUUUGGGAAAAUGCGAGCUCAAUGUAUAUGGAGACUUCGAGCAAUACACCCCAGGGCAAGGAGAGGUGCCCUGUUAUUUCAUUCAUGUGGUUAAAAAGACUACUUAAAGCCAUUUUUAAAGCCAUUUGGUUGUGAAAAUUUGCCUGUGCAAAGAGAGAGAAAAAAUGUAAAAUAAAACAAGGGCUUGCAUGACAUGAUUUUAGUUAUUUUGCUUUGUUGGGGGGUAUGUUUUUCUCUUUUUAUUUACUGUUUUGUAUUACACAUUUUUAAGCAUGUGUAACAUUUAACAUUUUACAUUACAGAACACUGCUGAAAGCAUAUCACACAGAAUGUGUUUUUGUGUUUCUCUGUGCUGCCUAGUUAUUAUUAGUAGUAGUAGUAGUAUACAUGCACUAGACAGAUGUUUUUGUCCAAUCACCCACGUCAGAUUAAAGAAGUCAAAAUAAAAAGAUAAAUGCAUAAAUAAUCCCUUUAUAAACCCUGAACAUUAUAGCAUUGUUGAAUAUGCUUUGCAAUAUAAACAGAUAAGUAAUAUACAAAUGGUUGUGACACAAGUCUGCAGGUACAGCACUAAUUGUGCUGUAAUAUUACUUUUAAAAACAAGCAAUAUGAUUAUAGCCAGUUAUUCUGUUUGUAAGCUCAAGUAGCAAUUUAUACUGUGUGUUCAAAAAACAUGCAAUGUGAAUUUGGUUUUAAUCGUGGUAAGUUAAUUUAAUUUCUCACUUAAAAAAGACCAAGUACUGGUUUAACACUGCAACCUGUAGAAAGAAUUGCUGAAAAAUCUUUAGCAAUUAUGCACAGACUGUUAUGGUGCAAACACGGAUAAAAAAGAUUAUAUAAACUGUAUAAGUAAAAGCGAGAUUAGGGUGUACACUAAAAUUCACUUACACAUACUUAAUGAACUACUUGAAUACACAGUAUGAAAUAGUCUUACCUAUGUGUAUAACUCAAUGUUCAGACAAAUACAUAUCACUGCUGUAUGUCUUUGAAAAAUCAUUUAAAGUGCUGAUUAUUUGCGUUUUUUUUUCUUUUGCUUUAAAUGUGCUCUAACUGAUACAUAGUUUAAUGAUCUAUAGGUAUGCAAAUAUUAAAGUUUACUGGACCUAUAUAUUUUUACUUUGAAAUUGUGUAUUAACAUCUAAUGGAGUUUCAAUUGUUUGUUGUGGUUUGUUGAUUGGUGGCUGUAACUUUUUUUUUCAUUGUGCUGACCCAUAUCAAAGUCCUUUGACACUCACACAAUGUAAAGAUUGUGUUGAAUUACAAAAUAAAAACCCUCUAAAAAUCUAUAUAA